UCACCCACAGCUACCAUGACUUUGAUCCCCGUCUUCAUCUGGACACUGAUCCUCUGGACUCAAGAAUGCAGAGGUCAAGCAACAGUAACUCAGACUCCUGCAGUGAAAUCUGUUCUUCCAGGAGAAACAGUCACCAUCAACUGUAAAACCAGUCCAGCAGUGUACAAGGAUUCAAAUGGUGAACGCUUGCACUGGUAUCAGCAGAAAGCUGGAGAAGCUCCUAAACUCCUGAUUAAAUUUGUAAAUCAGUUACAGUCGGGUUUUCCAGCUCGUUUCAGUGGCAGUGGAUCUGGAUCUGAUUUCACUCUGACCAUCAGUGGAGUCCAGACUGAAGAUGCAGGAGAUUAUUACUGUCAGAGUUUCCAUUAUAUCAGUAGCACACGCCUGUUCACUUUUGGUGGAGGAACAAAACUCAGCAUCAAGGGUCCCACUGUGAAGCCCUCCGUGUCUCUGCUCCAUCCAUCGUCUCUGCAGCUCUCUGAGGGACCGGCCUCACUGCUCUGCCUGCUGUCUGCCUACUCUCCACAGGGGGCGACGGUGAGCUGGACAGUGGAUGGCUCAGUGGUGAAUGAAGGGGUUCUAACCAGUCCUGAAGAACAGAAGAAGGACGGUUACACACGCAGCAGCACCCUGACCCUCAGCAAAGCACUCUGGGAAAAGGGGGAGGAGUUUGUCUGUACCGUCUCCCAUGACAGUGUCAAUCAUCCGGUCACGUUCAGAAAGAGCCAGUGUGAAGACUAACAGCUCCAAGAUAGAAUUAAACACUGAGCUGCUCACACAUCCAUCUACAAUAGAGUUUCAAUUCUACACAAUGCUGAUAUUCCUGUCUUUACUCUCUUCACUGUCCUGUUGCUCUUCCUGUAGUUUUGCUCUGCUGAAAUAAAGCUUCAUUUUGGA